CGCUUCAGCGUUACUGUCAGAUAGCUUUCUCUUUAGCAAGUCACAAAAAUGGCGAACGUGGUGCUGGAGUUUAAGGCUUCUGCCGGUGACUCCGAGCCACAGACUCGUCCGGUUCUUAUUAUCGGACAGCAGGCGACCCUGCAGCAAGUCAACUGGAGCCAAAUCAAAGGAAAACUCCAGCCAGUCGUUAGCAAAGAGAUCUGGCAGGCAGCUCUUAGUGCUUUGAACCCAAACCCCACAGACAGCUGCCCUCUGUACCUCAACCAUGCUGCGGUGGCCGCACUUCCUUCCCGGGUCAGCAGGCACAACAGCCCCUCUUCUGCCCACUUUGUGUCCCGCCUGGUGCGUUCCUGUCUGCCUGGAGGGAAUAACCGCUGCAUCAUGAUGGUUUGUGAGCGUUCAGACGUGUUUGCGUCCUCCUGUGCCAUCGCCAGGGCGUUCCCCAUUUUCUCUCGCCGCUCCACCACCUCACGCAGGGCUGAGAAGAAGCAUGUCACUGUGGAGUUUGUAAUUGUUGGGCAGGACAGCAGUCCUCUGAAUGUCUCAGAACUUGAGUGUCUCAGCAAUGCAGCUGAUGGAGUGCGCCUGGCAGCUCGCAUUGUGGACACACCAUGCAAUGAGAUGAACACAGACCACUUCUUAGAUGAAAUCAAAGCUGUGGGAACUGAACUUGGAAUUACUCCAGUGAUCAUUCGUGGAGAGGAACUGAAACAAAGAGGCUUUGGAGGUAUUUAUGGAGUUGGCAAGGCGGCAGAACAUCUUCCUGCAUUAGCCAUCUUGAGCCACACACCAGAUGGUGCAACCCAAACCAUUGCAUGGGUGGGCAAGGGCAUCGUGUAUGACACUGGAGGACUCAGCAUCAAGGGAAAGACCACAAUGCCAGGGAUGAAGAGGGACUGUGGUGGAGCUGCUGCCAUUUUGGGAGCUUUCAGAGCUACUGUUAAACAGGGCUUUAAGGAUAACCUCCAUGCAGUGUUUUGCCUCGCAGAGAAUGCAGUUGGGCCCACAGCCACACGACCUGAUGAUAUCCACACACUCUACUCUGGAAAGACAGUGGAGAUCAAUAACACUGAUGCAGAGGGCAGGCUGGUGCUGGCUGAUGGAGUGGUGUAUGCCAGCAAAGACCUGUCGGCUGAUAUUAUUCUGGACAUGGCGACUCUGACAGGGGCACAGGGGAUCUCCACAGGGAAAUACCAUGCAGCUGUGAUGACUAAUAGCGAGCAAUGGGAGAUUGCUUGUGUGCGAGCUGGCCGCAGCAGCGGUGAUCUUGCUCAUCCUCUGGUCUACUGCCCUGAGCUGCACUUCAGUGAGUUCACCUCUGCCAUGGCUGAUAUGAAGAACUCUGUGGCAGACCGGGAGAAUGCCCAGAGCUCCUGCGCCGGCCUCUUCAUUGGCUCCCACUUGGGCUUUGAUUGGCCUGGUGUCUGGGUCCAUGUUGAUAUCGCCUCUCCUGUCCAUGCUGGGGAGCGUGCCACAGGAUUUGGUGUUGCGUUGCUAAUGGCCCUGUUCGGUCAGGCUUCAGAUGACUCCAUGCUGAACGAAGUGUCUCCUCUGGGUUCAGCCACCAACAUGUCUGAGGACCAGAUGGAGCGUGACUGCAAGAGACGAAGGCUGGUGUAGAACAUACACGGUGGUUUACUCCCCAGCCCUGACCACUCCGCUGCCUCCACACCACCCAAACUGUUGAAGCAAAUCCAGCUCAUCCAGUUCGAGUAAAAACAUUUUAAACAGUGAUUGAACUUUCUGUGUUUGGUUAAAUUUGACUUCACUGAAUAAAAAAAGAGAAGCAGCAAAUUGGAUGUGUUAUACAUGAUUAUGAUAAAACACAGCCCCUCAUUUAUCCUAAUGAUUUGUCACUUGCUGCACUGAUCACCUCCUAUAGCUUCAGCAAUUUUCAGAUGCUUUUGAUGGAGAUGAUAAAUUUGUUUGUCUGGUUUUACCUCCAUAAGACAUAAAUGUUUUUUCAAAUAUCCCACUUCAUCAGUGGGCAUUGUUGUGCUUUGAUACUUACUGUAAAACAAGAAUUUUGUCAUAUGUGUUGUCUUUGACAUUGUGAAAAAAAACUGGAUCAGGAUCAGCGAAGCCAGGCUUUUCUUUUUGCUAAACACUUUGAAUUCACCCAGUGUGUAGUUGGAUCGUGUGAUCUCUGGACCAAACUGAGGACUGAGAGCUUACUGCAGUUAUUAAGUUUCACAAUGGUGUCAGAUGAGUAAUUACAGGAGAUGUCACAUAUGCUUUGUCAGCACAAAAUACACAAACAGGAUGUUAACUGUAAGUGCAAGUAUUAGACUGAUUGCAGCGCAAGUGAAAUGUUUUUCCACCCUUGUGACAAUCAUGUUGUCCUUCAAUAAAGGCAGUGCCAUCUGA